GGGCGCCCUCCCCCGGCGCUGAGCCCCCGCGCCCCGGAGGGAUGGGGCGGGCGGCCACGGCCGCCUAAGAUGCCGGCCAUGCGGGGACUCCUGGCGCCGCAGAACACCUUCCUGGACACCAUCGCCACGCGCUUCGACGGCACGCAUAGUAACUUCGUGCUGGGCAACGCCCAGGUGGCGGGGCUCUUCCCCGUGGUCUACUGCUCUGAUGGCUUCUGUGACCUCACGGGUUUCUCCCGGGCCGAGGUCAUGCAGCGGGGCUGUGCCUGCUCCUUCCUCUACGGGCCGGACACCAGUGAGCUCGUCCGCCAGCAGAUCCGCAAGGCCCUGGAUGAGCACAAGGAGUUCAAGGCUGAGCUGAUCCUGUACCGGAAGAGCGGACUCCCGUUCUGGUGUCUCCUGGAUGUGAUACCCAUAAAGAAUGAGAAAGGGGAGGUGGCCCUCUUCCUGGUCUCUCACAAAGACAUCAGUGAUACCAAGAACCGAGGGGGCCCUGACAACUGGAAGGAGAGAGGUGGUGGCCGACGCCGAUACGGCCGGGCAGGGGCCAAAGGCUUCAACGCCAACCGGCGACGGAGCCGGGCUGUGCUCUACCACCUGUCUGGGCACCUGCAGAAGCAGCCCAAGGGCAAGCACAAGCUCAAUAAGGGGGUAUUUGGGGAGAAGCCAAAUUUGCCCGAGUACAAAGUAGCUGCCAUCCGGAAAUCACCCUUCAUCCUGCUGCACUGUGGAGCGCUGAGGGCCACGUGGGACGGCUUCAUCCUGCUCGCCACCCUCUAUGUGGCUGUCACCGUGCCCUACAGCGUGUGCGUGAGCACAGCCCGGGAGCCCAGCGCUGCCCGCGGCCCCCCCAGCAUCUGCGACCUGGCCGUGGAGGUCCUCUUCAUUCUUGACAUUGUGCUGAAUUUCCGCACCACGUUCGUGUCCAAGUCGGGCCAGGUGGUGUUUGCCCCGAAGUCCAUUUGCCUCCACUACGUUACCACCUGGUUCCUGCUGGAUGUCAUCGCAGCGCUGCCCUUCGACCUGCUACACGCCUUCAAGGUCAACGUGUACUUCGGGGCACACCUGCUGAAGACGGUGCGGCUGCUGCGGCUGCUGCGGCUGCUCCCGAGGCUGGACCGCUACUCGCAGUACAGCGCGGUGGUGCUGACCCUGCUCAUGGCCGUGUUCGCCCUGCUCGCCCACUGGGUGGCCUGCAUCUGGUUCUACAUCGGCCAGCGGGAGAUUGAGAGCAGCGCCUCUGAGCUGCCUGAGAUCGGCUGGCUGCAGGAGCUGGCCCGCCGACUGGAGACCCCCUACUACCUGCUCCUGGGCGGCCCCUCACUGCGCAGCGCCUACAUCACCUCCCUCUACUUCGCACUCAGCAGCCUCACCAGCGUGGGCUUCGGCAAUGUGUCUGCCAACACAGACACGGAGAAGAUCUUCUCCAUCUGCACCAUGCUUAUCGGCGCCCUGAUGCACGCGGUGGUGUUUGGGAACGUGACGGCCAUCAUCCAGCGCAUGUACGCCCGCCGCUUUCUGUACCACAGCCGCACCCGCGACCUGCGCGACUACAUCCGCAUCCACCGCAUCCCCAAGCCCCUCAAGCAGCGCAUGCUCGAGUACUUCCAGGCGACCUGGGCGGUGAACAACGGUAUCGACACCACCGAGCUGCUGCAGAGCCUCCCGGACGAGCUCCGCGCAGACAUUGCCAUGCAUCUUCAUAAGGAGGUCCUGCAGCUGCCCCUGUUUGAGGCGGCAAGCCGCGGCUGCCUGCGGGCCCUGUCCCUGGCCCUGCGGCCCGCCUUUUGCACGCCUGGCGAGUACCUCAUCCACCAAGGUGACGCCCUCCAGGCCCUCUACUUCGUCUGCUCCGGCUCCAUGGAGGUGCUCAAGGGCGGCACCGUGCUCGCCAUCCUAGGGAAGGGUGAUCUGAUUGGCUGUGAGCUGCCCCGGCGUGAGCAGGUGGUCAAGGCCAACGCCGACGUGAAGGGGCUGACAUACUGCGUCCUGCAGUGUCUGCAGCUGGCUGGGCUGCACGAGAGCCUCGCCCUGUAUCCUGAGUUUGCCCCCCGCUUCAGCAGGGGCCUCCGAGGGGAGCUCAGCUACAACCUGGGUGCCGGCGGAGGCCCCGCAGAGGCGGACACCAGUUCCCUGAGUGGCGACAACACGCUCAUGUCCACACUGGAGGAGAAGGAGACGGACGGGGAGCAGGGCCCUGCAGCCUCACCAGCCCCAGCUGACGAGCCCUCCAGCCCGCUCCUGUCCCCUGGCUGCACCUCAUCCUCCUCGGCCGCCAAGCUGCUAUCACCACGUCGACCUGCACCCCGGCCCCGGCUGGGUGGCAGAGGGCGGCCGGGCAGGGCCGGGGCUUUGCAGGCUGAGGCUGGCCCCUCUGCUCACCCUCGGAGCUUAGAGGGGCUGCGGCUGCCCUCCGUGCCAUGGAAUGUACCCCCGGAUCUGAGCCCCAGGGUAGUAGAUGGCAUUGAGGAUGGCUGUGGCUCAGACCAGCCCAAGUUCUCUUUCCGUGUGAGGCAAUCUGGCCCGGAGUGUAGCAGCAGCCCUUCUCCUGGACCAGAGAACAGCCUGCUCACUGUCCCCCUUGGGCCCAGCGAGGUGAGGAACACAGACACGCUGGACAAGCUUCGGCAGGCGGUGAUGGAGCUGUCUGAGCAGGUGCUGCAGAUGCGGGAGGGGCUGCAGUCACUUCGCCAGGCUGUGCAGCUCGUCCUGGCACCCCACGGGGAGGGCCCGUGCGCUCAGGCAUCAGGAGAGGGGCCCUGCCCGACCGGUGCCCCUGGACUCCUGCAGCCUCUGUGUGUGGACACUGGCACGUCCUCCUACUGCCUACAGCCCUCAGCUGGCUCUGUUUUGAGUGGUACCUGGCCCCACCCUCGUCCAGGCCCCCCCCCUUUGGUGGCACCCUGGCCCUGGGGCCCCCCAGCAUCUCAGAGCUCCCCUUGGCCUCGAGCCACAGCUUUUUGGACCUCCACCUCUGACUCAGAGCCCCCAGGCUCAGGAGAACUGUGCCCUGAGCCCAGUGUCCCUGGCUCACCACCUCCUGAGGAGGGGGCUAGGACUGGGCCCCCAGAGCCCGUGAACCAGGCUGAGGCCACCAGCACUGGAGAGCUCCCGCCAGGGUCAGGGGGCCUGGCCUUGUCCUGGGAACCCCACAGCCUGGAGAUGGUGCUUAUUGGCUGCCACGGCUCUGGCACGGUCCAGUGGACCCAGGAAGAAGGCACAGGCGUCUGACCGCCAGUCCCAAAACUCAGUGUUGCCAGACAUGCUGCCACUGCUGCUCUGCCCAACCACAGAGUGGAGGAAGGGUGGUGUCCACCCCCGGGACUCCGUGCUGCCCGCUGCUGGCUCAGGACAGGGAGCUUGAGAGCAAAAGAGGGCCUGGCCCCGGACUCCACAGGGUGGACAGGCCCCGGGCUAGGAAUCUUUGGGCUCCUACUCCUGGGGCCUUCCUCACCUCAGCCUGCUCCUCUGACCGCCUCAUCUCCCUCUGCAGGCUGGGGGACAGUGGCCUGAGGCCAAGGAGGGGUUCUGCUAUCCCCUGCAUGUGCC